GAUGUAACACACAGCAACUUCCGGACUAGCGAAAGGUCGACGAUUAAAACAGGAGUUGCGUUGUGGGACACCUUCAGUAGCUCCAUUAAACACCUGGUAAAUUAACACAUAUACAAAAAUGCCAAGGGGAAGCAGAAGCAGGACGUCGAGGAUGCCCCCUCCCGCCAGCCGGGCACCACCCCCUCCACCCAUGGCCAGGGCAGCACCCCCUCCACCCAUGGCCAGGGCAGCACCCCCUCCAUCAUACGCCCCGGCUCCAGCGCACGCCCCUCCAUCUGCUGUGGGUGCUCCAGCUGCAGCACCCAGGCAGCCGGGUAUGUUCGCCCAGAUGGCCACCACUGCCGCUGGGGUGGCAGUGGGCUCUGCAGUUGGACACACCAUUGGCCAUGCCAUGACUGGAGGCUUCAGUGGAGGUGGAGGACAUUCAGAGGCUGCCAGACCUGACGUCACCUACCAGGAGCCCUACCAAGCCCAGCCCAUGUACCAGCAGCAGCCGCAGUCCAUGUACCAGCAAGAGGUGGCACCUCAGCAGCAGGCUUGCUCCUAUGAGCUCAAGCAGUUCAUCGAGUGCGCUCAGACCCAGAAUGACCUCAAGCUCUGCGAGGGCUUCAGUGAGGUGCUCAAACAGUGCAAGUUCUCUAACGGACUAUCAUAAGACGCAGACCAACGCUUGGAGAGGCCUGGAUGCACACAGACUCUGUAGUAUGCAAGCAUUUUGGAUAUUUUAAAGGUGUACCUCACAAGACCUCAGUAAACAUACUUUAUUGUGACAGCUGAUUAAAUAGUGUGAGUCAUUAUCAUUAUCAUCAGACUGCAGCAGUGCAUUCAUUUCUCAGGAGAGUACCUCAAAAUUUGUAAUGAUAGUCUUAUAAAUAAUGUUUAUAUAUUUGGUGUGUUGCAUGUUUUAAUUUUAAUUUGAAUCAAGUUUAUUGAAUUGUGUUUCAUCAGCUUCACUGCUUUAACUUGCUGGACUAUUGUAUUUAAACUCAAAACUAUAUAAAACACACACACACACACACACACACACACACACACACACACAUACAUACAUAUAUAUACACAUAUGUGUGUGUGUGUGUGUGUGUGUGUGUGUGUGUGUGUGUGUGUGUGUGUGUGUGUGUGUGAAGCUGAACUGCUUUAGAAGUGAUGCAAGAACAUAACACCUAGUAAAACCACCCAUUUCCUUCUGAAUGAAUCGUGGCUGUGAAAUCACCAUUUGCUUGUAACAAGCAUACGGUUCUAAUAAAUAAAGCACUUGGGUCAUGAAAACAAACUGAA